AGUAAUUGACCAUCAUUAUUUUUAUACGUCAAAAGCAUAAUACUAUUCAAUAGUAUUGCCGGUUAACACACAAGUGAUAUAAUUGGCAUCAAAUCAGACUAUUUUCCAUAAAUUGGUUAUAAUUUCAAUUCAAAUGAUAUCCGAAGCGAUGGACGAAACACCGAUGGACCUAUCGUUGAAGACAUGCGCUCCGGGAGUGGCGGCGGCUAAACCUCGAGCGAAGCGGGCGGUGGCGCACAGGUGUGCGCCCAAACGCGGCGGUGGUGUUGACGGCCCGUCGACCGCACCCUCACUGAUGGCAAACUCAGGUCAACUCCGACGAGACAUUCAGGCGGUGUUGACGACCAGUGCCACGGCUUGGAGCGCAUCCAAGUUUCGGUGGCGAUCCGAUCCCGAAGUGGUGGUGAACUCUCUGAAGGGCAUGAGUUUCACGUUCGCCGGCACUCUGGAGAGCCUGACGCCCGCCGACGCCAUCGAAAUGGUCGAGUGCUGUGGCGGACGUGUGUUCAAGACGUUGGCCGCCAAG